GGUGUGAUGGUCGGCUCGCACGUGGACAUGGCGCCUGCCUCCACAGCAGAGGGCGCCGGCGAGAAGCCAGGACCGGCCGCCCCGGCCCCGGCAGGUCAGUACGAGUGCGGCGAGUGCGGCAAGGCCUUUCGCUGGUCAUCUCGGCUUCUGCACCACCAGCGCACGCAUACCGGUGAGCGGCCCUACAAGUGCCCCGACUGCCCCAAGGCCUUCAAGGGCUCGUCAGCCCUGCUCUACCACCAGCGCGGCCACACAGGCGAGCGGCCCUACCAGUGCCCUGACUGCCCCAAGGCCUUCAAGCGCUCCUCGCUGUUGCAGAUCCACCGCAGCGUGCACACGGGCCUGCGCGCUUUUACCUGCGGCCAGUGUGGCCUGGCCUUCAAGUGGUCCUCCCACUACCAGUACCACCUUCGCCAGCACACAGGCGAGCGGCCCUACCUAUGCCUGGACUGCCCCAAGGCCUUCAAGAACUCGUCCAGCCUGCGGCGCCACCGGCAUGUGCACACCGGCGAGCGGCCAUACACCUGCGGCAUUUGCGGCAAGAGCUUCACGCAGAGCACCAACCUGCGGCAGCACCAGCGCGUGCACACAGGCGAGCGGCCCUUCCGCUGCACGCUCUGCCCCAAGACCUUCACGCACUCCUCCAAUCUGCUGCUGCACCAGCGCACCCACGGUGCCACCGCCCCUGCCGCCAACCCUGCCCCAGGCAAUGCCACCUCCACCCCCGCCGCCCCCCAGCACCGCUGCGAGCCCUGCGGCAAGGUCUUCGUUUCCGACGCCUACCUGCAGCGGCACCUGCAGUCCCAUGGCCCGCCUGUGCCCCCUCCUGCACCCGCGCCGGCGCCCCCGCCUGUGGUCCCCGAGCUCUUCCUGACCACCGCCGAGACUACAGUGGAGCUCGUGUUCCGCUGUGACGGUUGUGAGCUGGGCUUCGGCAGUGAGGAGCUCCUGCUGGAGCACCAGCCGUGCCCGGGGCCCGAGGUGGCGCCCCUGCCCCCGGAUACGCCCGCUGCCUCCGCUGCCUCCAAGCCAGACCCGCCCCCGGUGCUGUCCCCGCCCUCGCCCCUGCCGCCGCCUGCGCCGGCCACAGCGCCAGGCUUCGCCUGCCUGCCCUGCGGCAAGUCCUUCCGGACUGUGGCCGGCCUCUCGCGCCACCAGCACAGCCACGGCGCGGCUAGUGGGCAGGCGUUCCGCUGCGGCAGCUGCGACGGGGCCUUCCCGCAGCUAGCCAGCCUCUUGGCGCACCAGCAGUGCCACGUGGAGGAGGCAGCAGCUGGGCGCCCGCCCCCGCAGGCCGAGGCGGCCGAGGUCACCUGUCCACAGGAGCCGCCACCACCACCGCCCGCCGCAGCCCCAGCCGAGCGGCCUUACAAGUGCGCGGAGUGUGGCAAGGCCUUCAAGGGCUCGUCGGGCCUGCGCUACCACUUGCGGGACCACACGGGCGAGCGGCCCUACCAGUGCGGCGAGUGCGGCAAGGCCUUCAAGCGCUCGUCCCUGCUGGCUAUCCACCAGCGAGUGCACACGGGCCUGCGCGCUUUCACCUGUGGCCAGUGUGGUCUCACCUUCAAAUGGUCUUCCCACUACCAGUACCACCUGCGGCUGCACUCGGGCGAGCGGCCCUACGCUUGUGGCGAGUGUGGCAAGGCCUUCCGCAAUACGUCGUGCCUGCGGCGCCACCGCCACGUGCACACUGGUGAGCGGCCUCACGCCUGCAGUGUAUGCGGGAAAAGCUUCGCGCAGACCUCCAACCUGCGGCAGCACCAGCGCGUGCACACCGGCGAGCGGCCCUUCCGUUGCGCGCUCUGCCCCAAGACCUUCACGCACUCUUCCAAUCUGCUGCUGCACCAGCGCACGCACUCGGCAGAGCGCCCCUUCACCUGCUCUGUCUGCGGCCGUGGCUUUGUCAUGGCCGCCUACCUGCAGCGCCACCUGAGGACGCAUGCCCCUGCCAACCCGGCCCCCAGUGGCGCCGGCCCCCAGCCCCCGGCCCCGCUAGCUGCUGCCCCACCCGCCACCCAAGACGUCCAUGUCCUCCCCCACCUGCAGGCCACGCUCUCCCUCGAGGUAGCAGGGGGCACAGCCCAGGCCCCGCCCUUGGGUCCUGCCGCCCCCAACUCCCAGACGUUCCUCCUGGUGCAGACAGCCCAGGGCCUCCAGCUGAUACCCAGCAGCGUCCAGCCCCCCACCCCUCCGCCCCCACCUGUGCCCCCUAAGCUCAUCUUGCUGCCUCCUUCCAGUGCUAGUGGGGGCGGGGGCCAGGCAAGGCAGAGCCCGCGGGUUGUGGGGAAAGCCGCACAGGGGGCUGGAGUGGUCUGGCUGCCGAGCUCUGGGGGGCUGGGGGUGCAGGGAGGGGCCAGCCCUGGGGCCAACACAGGAGGGCAGAGCCUCAUAGUUCUGCAGAAUGUGGGGGGUGGGGAUGCAGGGGCACAGGAAGUGAGCGGGGUCCAGCUCCAGCCCCUCCGGCCAGCCCAGGAAGUGACAACGGUCCAGCUGCAGCCGGCCCAGGAAGUGACCACGGUCCAGCUCCAGCCGGCCCAGGAAGUGACCACGGUCCAGCUUCAGCCCGUAGCGGGCCAGCUCUCCAGUCCCAGUGGCGGCGCAGUGACUACCGAGGCCCCCAACCUACUGGUGGUUCAGAGUGGGGCAGCCGAGGAGCUGCUCACAGGCCCCAGCCAGGGGGAGGCGGGUGACGGCGAGGCCAGCACCGGCGUAGUCCAGGACGUCCACUUUGAGACGCUGCAGACGGACGAAGGGCUGCAGAGCGUCCUCGUGCUGAGCGGGGCCGAUGGCGAGCAGACCCGCCUGUGCGUGCAGGGGGUAGAGACACUCCCCGCCGGCCUGGCGGAGCCGCCUGCCCCCGGCCCACCAGGACAGAAACUCCUCAUCAUCCGCAGCGCCCCAGCCACCGAGCUGCUGGAGAACAGCGGCGUCGGGGGCGGCGGCGCCACGCUGCAGCUCCUGGCCCCACCCCCGUCCGGGCAAGCCCCUGCCCCAGCAGGCAUCCCCGCGGUGCCCACCCCCCAGAUGGUCCAGGUGGUCCCGGCCGGGGCCGGGGCCCAGCAAGGCCUUCCCUCCAUCCAGAUUGUGCAGACCCUGCCCGCGGUCCAGCUGGUGCACACGUUUUGAGGAUACCGACUGGUACCUCUUCC